AUGCCUCGCGCUUCUAAAAGAAAAGCAGCUCCAUCAACUUCGACUUCCGUCACAUCCUGCGACGUCGUUCCACCGCGUGCCGGUAAAUGUAAAUCAAGAAAGGUGGUAGACCGGAUAGGAAGCCUUUUUGAAUUGUAUGCAAACCAGUCAUUAAACAUGAUUGACCCAGAAGGAAUUGAGGCUCUUUGUUCGGAUUUGGGAGUGGACCAUACUAAUGUUAGAAUACUGAUGCUUGCUUGGAAAAUGAAAGCUGAAAAGCAGGGCUACUUUUCCAGGGAUGAGUGGCAAAGAGGCUUGAAAGAGCUACAUGCCGACACUAUUUCUAAAUUAAAGAAAGCACUCCCAGGUUUGGAGAAAGAGUUGAUGACCCCACCCAAAUUUGAAGAUUUUUAUGCAUAUGCAUUUCGAUACUGCUUGACAGAAGAAAGGCAAAAGAGUGUAGACAUUGAGACUGUAUGUGAAUUACUGAAUCUCGUGUUGGGUCCCCUAUACCGUCUCCAGGUUGAUUUAUUAAUUAAGUAUUUAAAGGUCCAAAGUGAGUACAGAGCAUUAAAUAUGGAUCAGUGGUUACAUUUUUACCGUUUUUGCAAGGAGGGCCCGGAAAGUGGCCCUGGUUUUAAGAUUAUGCAAUUAGAUGAGUUUCUUGUUUGGCUUGAAAUCCUAACCAUGAUUUUGGAAGGCUAA